AUGGGAGAGGAAGAAAAGAAAACUGAGGAAGAAGAAACCAAGGCGGAGGAAACAAAAGAUGAAGCUGCUGCUCCUCCUCCGCCGCCGGCAGAGAUUUUGCUGAAAGUGUUUAUGCAUUGUGAAGGCUGUGCUCGGAAAGUUCGUCGGUGUUUGAAGAAUUUUCCAGGAGUUGAAGGUGUGAUAACUGACUGCAAAACUCACGAAGUUGUUGUGAAAGGUGAGAAAGCGGAUCCAGUGAAGGUUGUGGAGAGAAUUCAGAUGAAGAGUCGUAGGAAGGUUGAGCUUGUUUCUCCGAUUCCAAGUCCACCUGAGGAGGAAAAAGUUGCUGAGGAAGAAGAGAAACCAGCACCACCUGAAGAGGAGAAGAAAGAAGAGCCUCAAAUUGUGCAGCCUGAGAUUGUAACGUCUGUUCUUAAAGUUCACAUGCAUUGUGAAGCUUGUGCAGAAGAGAUAAAAAAACGCAUACUCAAAAUGAAGGGAGUGGAAUCGGUGGAAACUGAUGUAGAGAAGAUGGAGGUAACCGUGAAGGGAGUGUAUGAUCCAGCAACGUUGGUUGAAUAUGUGCACAAGCGAUUUGGGAAGCAAGCUAUGAUUGUGAAUGAAGAGAAAGUGGAUGAAGAAGCGAAAGCGAAGGAAGAGAAAAACGAAGAGAAGAGUGAAGAAGUGGAGGAGAAGAAAGAAGAAGUAGAGAAUAAGGCCAAACCAGAAGAGAAUCCAGAAGGGGAAAUUGUUGUACAAGAGAAAAAAGUGGAAGAGGAGAUGAAGAAAAAUGAAUACUACUAUAAUCCACCAAUGGAUUUGUAUGCACAACCACCUAUAGCUUAUCCUGCAUGUCAUUCAUACUAUCAAACAUACCUUCCACCAGCACCGCAGAUCUUCAGCGAUGAGAAUCCAAAUGCUUGCACUGUUAUGUGA